CUCACAUCUCGAUUGCUUUCUGCCUGCUGGGCUCAUUUUUUUCGCCGCAGGUCUUCACGAUACCAAAUUUAAAACUGCAGAUUCUACAACUUCCAGCGCCCAUCGUUUUUAUACCACUUGCGCCUUCCAGCAACCAUGUCCGAUACAGACAAAGCCAACCAGCCCCCCAAACUACCCGCUGGGCCAAAUGAUUCAAAUCCAGAGUCCCCCACCACUGCGCGUCCUUUAGACUUUGAUGAUGAGUUCCAAGAGACCGGUGUCACCUCCGCGCCAGCUGCAGCACAAACCCAGAGCACCGCGGAGGCAGCCCCGCCGAAACCACCACGUCCCUUGUCUCCGCAGCAACAAGCGGAAAAUACCCUCAAAGAAGCAUUCCCAUCCAUAGAUGAGUCUGUUGUCAAAGCAGUGUUGAUGGCAAGCGCCUAUGAUGUGGAGCGAGCCUUCCAUGCGCUCCUCGGUAUGACGGAUCCAAAUGCGACUGCGCAGGAUGACUAUGUUCCCCCGAAGCCGCCGCGCCCAUCUGCAGCACAGAGACAGCUGGAAGCUGAUGAGCUCUAUGCUCGUCAACUUGCCGAACACUACAAUCGCCGUGCACAACCACGUGGAGAAGAUGAAUCUUAUCGCCAGCAACGGGCUGCUGGUAAUGAAGCGGAUGAGAGAGAGUAUAAUUUCUUUGAUGACGAUCUUCCUGUGAUUCGCGAGAACAUUCGCAAGGGUUUCCUUGAUACCCAGACAAAGGUCAGCUCAUGGGUUCAGACUUUGAAAAAGAGGAUCGACGGCGAGGAUGAUGAAGAAGACCAGGGCCAUACUGCGCAUGGAUACAGCGAGGAAAGCUAUGGUCGACCUCGGAGAAGUGGCGAGUUGGGCCGUCGCAGUGGUGAUCGUGAGCGAUACGAUGCAGACCCACAAGUUUUGAGCGAUGAUUUCUCUGCGCUCGAACUGAGGGAUACAGAAGCGCCCCCCGCACGUCCACCACGGCCGCCUGGUAGUUCCGCAUUACAUAAAAACCCCUCGCCGUCACCAGACAGACGUAAGGUAUCGUUUCAGGAAGGACCACCUACAGAGAUUGGCAACCUUUAUGAUGCUUCAGAACCUGCUAAGCGCCACCCCCCUGCGGGAGGAAAGCAGAGAAAGUGGCAACCUCUUUCGACGGUCGAGCCAUCUCCAGUAGGGGAAAAUGAUCCGUUUAGCUUGGGCGAUAGUGAUGAUGAGAAGGACAGCAAGCCUAAAGAUGCCAACACCACCGAAGGGAGUGAUCGCACACAGAAAGCGACAGCUGAAGAUGCAUCCGAAGAGCCCGCUUCGGCCUCUAAAGAUAGCGAUAAAGCAGAGAGUUCUGCAAAGACGUCAUAAGCCCUCGUACCAGCUGUUACCUAGCUAUUGUGCUGUUCUCAACUGCUACGAGCCUGCUUGAUGUUGUUCCCAUCACUCCCCAAACUACCUUGCCAUGUAUACCUUAGGUGAUUGUUUAUGAUACCAGAGAUUGUUUACGGGAGGCCUAGGGGCCGGACUAGUUCAUUGAAUUCUUAGUAUCCCACUGUAAAAAUAUACCGACAGUAACAUAAACUAUAAACUAUAAUUUGAAAAGUAUCAUUGAAAUAUGAACCAGGGUAUCUUAAGAGCAAAAGGAAGCGGCUAUAA